CUCUUACUUCAUAUAUCAUAUCUUAGCUUAUAUCAUCAUUUCCAUUAUUUUCUUGGCGCGCGGCUUUAGAGUGGGAUGAUGACAGAGAUUGUUCCUGCAGAGCCAAUUUGGGAAGGCACUUCUGGAGAUGCGGCGGAUGCAAGUACAAGCUACGGCGGCCGCGGCAGAUAUAGGCCGCCGCCCUUCACAAGGGCAAUCACUUACUGGCGGCGUGAACAGACGCCGGAGCCCUUUGACAGUGAGAGGCUGCCCGUUACAUUGGCUCCCGAUAUUCAGAGGUUUCUUCGCAUAGCUAAUCAGAUUGAUCCGGAAGACCCUCGUGUAGCAUAUCUUUGCCGCUUUCAUGCAUUUGAACUAACCCACAAUUUGGACCCCAAUUCAAUUGGACGAGGCGUAAGGCAAUUCAAGACUGCUCUUCUUCAACGUCUUCAACUUGACGAAGAUUACACUACCUUGAAAAGGAAGGAAAGGAGUGAUCUGCGUGAGCUUGGACAUGUUUAUCAUAAGUACAAAAACCACAUCGCCAAGCAUGUCGGAGAUUCCAACAUUAAGAAUAGAGAGAAGUUGACCAAAGCACAAACCAUUGCUUCAGUACUGUUUGAAGUAUUGAAUACAGUGUCCACUGCUGCAGGAUUUCAGGCCAUCGCGGACAGUGAGAGCAUAGAUGUUUCAUCUGAAUUAUAUGUGCCGUAUAACAUCCUCCCUCUUGAUCAAGGAGGUGCUCAUCACCCAAUCAUGCAACUCCAAGAGAUUAAAGAUGCUCUUGCCGCAGUCCGUAAUAUUCGUGGUUUGCCCUUCCUUGAAGAAUGCAGACGGCGAAUUGCUUACAUGGAUUUGUUUGAUUGGCUCCAGUUUUGGUUUGGAUUUCAAAAAGGAAACGUUAACAACCAGAGAGAACAUUUGAUACUGCUUAUUGCUAACAUCCAUAUCAGGCAAGCUCAUGAGCAAACAUUAACUUCAAAGGUAGUUGAUUUUGCUGUUGAUGAGCUCAUGAAGAAGUUCUUUAAAAAUUAUUCAGAUUGGUGCAAGUUUGUGGACAGAAAAAGCAACAUUAGACUGCCACACUUGAAACAGGAGGCCCAGCAGUACAAGCUUUUGUAUAUAGGGCUUUAUCUUCUAAUAUGGGGAGAGGCUGCUAAUUUACGGCUGAUGCCAGAGUGCCUAUGUUACAUAUUUCAUCACAUGGCCUAUGAAUUGCACAGCAUGUUGGUUGGUGCUGUAAGCUUGAAAACCGGAGAAAAGGUUAUGCCAGCUUACGGAGGAGGAUAUGAGUCCUUUCUUAAAAAUGUAGUUUCACCAAUUUAUGAAGUAAUAAAAGAGGUACCGGUGAAGUUCAGAUUACAACUCAUCUUACUAUCUAAGAAAAAGGAAGCUAUGAAGAACAGAAAUGGUGCAACAAAUCAUUCAACCUGGAGAAACUAUGAUGAUCUCAAUGAGUUUUUCUGGUCCAUAUCUUGUUUCCAAAUAGGCUGGCCCAUGCGCCUGGACCAUAACUUCUUUCGUGUAAAAUCUGCACCGCAUCGGAGAGUGAAAAAGGUUCGGAUUCCAGCUGUAAAUGUUGAUUCUGACAAAAAAGAUGAAGAUAAUGAAGAUGAAGGAAUGGGGUUGAAAGCGGAAGAGGUAAAGGAACAAAAAUGGUUAGGGAAGACAAAUUUUGUUGAGAUUCAUUCAUUUUGGCAGAUUUUUAGAAGCUUUGAUAGGUUAUGGAGCUUUCUUCUCCUUUCACUUCAGGCUAUGGUAAUUAUGGCAUGCCAUGAUUUAGAGUCUCUUCUACAAGUUUUUGAGGCUACAAUACUCGAGGAUGUUAUGAGUAUCUUCAUCACAUCAGCUGUCCUUAAACUAGUACAUGCUAUUCUGGACACUGUUUUUACAUGGAAAGCAAGAAACACAUUGAACGCUGCUCAAACCAUCAAAUGUCUACUGAAGGUGGUUGUUGCUGUGAUAUGGACCAUCAUUCUUCCUAUAUUUUAUGCAAAUUCUCGACAAAAAUAUACUUGUUACUCAGCAGAUGGUGGAAGCUGGCUUGGAGAAUGGUGUUAUUCCUCCUAUAUGGUUGCAGUUGCAUUGUAUUUGAUGACUAAUGCUGUUGACAUGAUUCUGUUUCUUGUGCCUGUGCUUGGGAAAUACAUUGAGACCUCCAAUUCCCGUGUAUGCAUUAUUUUAUCUUGGUGGACACAGCCUAGACUUUUUGUUGGACGAGGAAUGCAAGAAAGCCAACUCUCUCUCCUGAAGUAUACACUCUUUUGGGUCUUGUUAUUGCUAAGCAAACUCACAUUUAGCUAUAUAUAUGAGAUAAAACCUCUUAUAUCACCUACAAGACAGAUUAUGGCGAUUGGGGUCAAAGAUUAUGAAUGGCAUGAGCUCUUCCCUGUAGUUAAGAGUAAUGCCGGGGCAAUCACUGCUAUAUGGGUGCCUGUUAUACUUGUAUAUUUCAUGGAUGCACAAAUCUGGUAUUCUGUUUAUUGUUCUGUUUUUGGUGGAGUGUAUGGAAUUUUGAGCCACCUUGGUGAAAUUAGGACGCUAGGAAUGCUGAGAAGCAGAUUUGUCAAUUUUCCUUCAGCAUUCAACAAACGUCUCGUUCCACCACAAGCAAUAGAAAGUGUGAAUGGAAUAGAAAGGUUGCUAUUCCACCAGAGUUUUCAUAAGGACUCAGAGAGCGAGAAGAAUGGUGUCGUGAACUUUGUUCUUGCGUGGAACCAAAUCAUUUAUAGCUUCCGUGAAGAAGACUUGAUAAGCAACAGGGAGAUGGAUUUGAUGAAAAUGCCUGUGUCAUCAGAGUUGUUCUCAGGCCAGAUCCGUUGGCCUGUAUUCCUCUUGGCAAACCAGCUCUCAACAGCACUUAGUAUUGCCAGAGAUUUUGUGGGCAAAAAAGAUGCACAACUUUUGCGAAAGAUAAAAAAGGACAACUGCUUAUAUUUGGUUGUAACCGAGUGCUAUGAGUCACUGAAACACAUCCUGGAUAUCCUCGUCCUUGGUGACCUGGAAAAAAGGAUUGUUUCUAGCAUAUUCAUUGAAAUUGAGGAGAGCAUUAGAGGAUCAUCUUUUCUGGAGGACCUAGAUAUAAGUACACUACCAAGCAUACAUGAGAAGUGCACUGAGUUAGUUGAGCUUCUGGUUGAGGGGAACGACGAUCACUACGGUAAAGUAGUGUUGGCACUUCAAGAUAUAUUUGAGCUUGUUACCCGUGAUUUGAUGCUAAAUGGUUCGAGAUUACUGACUUCACUUCAGGCUGAACACGAGAUGAAGGAACCAACAGAAUUUUUUUCCAGUUCAAUUGAACAACCGUUAUUUUCAUCAAAGCAUUGUCUUAACUUUCCAUUGCCAGAUACUGAUUCCUUAAUGGAAAAGAUCAAACGAUUUCUUUUGUUGCUCACUGUCAAAGAUAAAGCAUUGGACGUGCCAAAAAACUUGAAGGCACGUAGACGGAUUACAUUUUUUGCCACAUCUCUAUUUAUGGACAUGCCAAGUGCCCCACAUGUCCGCAACAUGCUGUCUUUCAGCAUUCUGACUCCACACUACAUGGAAGAAGUUAAGUUUUCAUCGAAAGAGCUUCGAUCGCGUAAACAAGGAGUGUCCAUUAAUUUCUAUAUGAAGAAUAUAUACCCAGAUGAAUGGGAGAAUUUUUGUGAACGCGUGGGGAUGGAUAUAUCAAAUGACAUGGAUGAUGAGAGGUAUGAAGAAGACAUCAGGAAAUGGGCUUCUUUUCGAGGGCAAACUCUAAGCCGGACAGUGCGAGGAAUGAUGUACUACAGGGAAGCUAUAAAGUUGCAAGCAUUUCUUGACUUGGCUUGGAAUGAUGACAUUCUUCAAGGUUACGACACUAUUGGGAGUGAAAACGAAAGGUUAGCGGCUCAAGUUGAAGCAUUUGCAGACAUGAAAUUUACUCAGGUAGUUUCUUGUCAAAUGUUUGGAUCUCAGAAGUCCUCUGGAGAUCCACAGGCACAAGACAUACUUGAUUUGAUGAUAAGUUAUCCUUCUCUACGUGUUGCCUACGUGGAAGAGAGAGAAGAGGGCAGGUCUCGAAAAACUUAUUCAUCUAUAUUGGUUAAAGCUGUCAAUGGUUUAGACCAGGAGGUGUAUCGCAUUAAACUCCCAGGCUCACCAAAUAUUGGAGAAGGCAAACCAGAAAAUCAAAAUCAUGCCAUAAUUUUCACACGUGGAGAAGCUCUCCAAGCAAUUGACAUGAACCAAGAUAAUUAUCUGGAGGAAGCUUUCAAAAUGAGAAAUAUCUUGCAGGAAUUUAUGCAUAACAGAGGUCGUAGAUCCCCCACAAUAAUUGGCAUGAGAGAGCAUAUAUUUACUGGAAGUGUUUCUUCUUUGGCUUGGUUCAUGUCUUAUCAAGAGACCAGCUUUGUUACAAUCGGCCAAAGACUUCUAGCUAAUCCACUCAGGGUCAGAUUCCAUUAUGGUCAUCCCGAUUUGUUUGAUAGACUAUUUCACUUGACACGAGGAGGCAUUAGCAAGGCAUCCAAAACAAUCAACUUGAGUGAGGAUGUUUUUGCAGGAUUUAACACAACACUACGGAAGGGAUGUGUUACAUAUCUGGAGUAUAUGCAAGUUGGCAAAGGUCGUGAUGUGGGUCUCAAUCAGAUAUCCAAGUUCGAAGCAAAAGUAGCAAAUGGCAACAGUGAGCAAACAAUUAGUCGAGAUAUAUACCGUCUUGGUCAUCGAUUUGACUUCUUUCGCAUGCUCUCUUUAUAUUUCACAACAAUAGGUUUCUACUUCAACAGUCUGAUAUCAGUGAUAACAAUAUACGUGUUCCUUUACGGGCAGUUAUACCUUGUCCUUAGUGGUCUCCAGAGAACAAUAGCCGUUGAGGCAAGAGAACAAAACCUAAAGCCACUUGAAACAGCUUUAGCAUCACAGUCAUUUAUCCAGCUUGGUCUCUUGACAGGCUUACCAAUGGUUGUAGAGAUUGGGGUUGAGCAUGGUUUGCUAAACGCAGUCAAAGAUUUUGUGUUGAUGCAACUGCAUCUGGCUGCCGUGUUCUUUACUUUCUCAUUUGGCACAAAAUCUCACCACUACGGCAGAACAAUCCUCCAUGGGGGUGCCAAGUAUAGACCCACUGGCCGCAAGGUUGUGGUAUUUCAUGCAAGCUUCACUGAGAACUAUAGAUUAUACUCGCGGAGCCACUUUGUGAAAGGAUAUGAGUUAAUGCUUCUGUUGGUUGUUUAUGACCUGUUUAUGCGUGGGUAUGAGAACACUGUGGUUUAUGUUCUCAUUACCUAUUCGGUCUGGUUCAUGUCAAUGACUUGGUUGUUUGCCCCCUUCCUCUUUAAUCCCUCUGGAUUUGAAUGGGGGAAGAUAGUGGAUGACUGGAAAGACUGGAACAAGUGGAUACAACAACAAGGCGGAAUUGGAAUCCAACAAGACAAAAGUUGGCAGUCAUGGUGGUAUAAUGAACAAUCUCACUCGGGCCUGCUUUCUCGGUUAAUUGAGAUAUUCCUUUCCCUCAGGUUUUUCAUUUACCAAUAUGGAUUGGUCUAUCACCUUGACAUCUCUGGGAAGAACAAAGAUCUCAUUGUUUAUUUGCUCUCAUGGGUUGUCUUUCUCUUGAUUUUCGUUAUGGUCAAGGCUGUCAGGCUUGGCAGGCGAUUCCUCAGUGCUGAUCAUCACCUAGCGUUCCGGUUCCUCAAAGCACUGUUGUUCCUGGGAGUUAUAGCUAUAAUUAUAACCCUUUCGUACAUCUGUGAUCUAUCCGUUAGAGAUUUGAUCGUAUGCUGUCUCGCGUUUCUACCAACCGGAUGGGGCUUGAUAUUGGUUGCACAAGCAAUGAGACCAUUGAUUGACGGAACCGGGAUGUGGAAUUUCACCGAAGUCUUUGCUCAAGCUUAUGAUUAUGGAAUGGGAGUUGUUAUCUUUGCUCCACUGGCUUCCUUAGCAUGGAUGCCUAUAAUUUCUGCCUUCCAAACACGUUUUCUUUUCAACGAGGCCUUUAACCGAAGCCUGCAGAUUCACUCUAUUCUCUAUGGGAAGAAGAAGAAAAACAAAUGAGUUCAUUUCACCACAAAAUGAUUUUGGAUAUAUGUGGAGCAUUCUUGUCUUGUACACAUCAUGCCUGCAUGAGUAUUACUGAAGUAUUUUUAGUUAGGCAGCAUUCUUCAAAACUUUCCUGGGGAAAGCCUCAUUCUUUUCAUGUGCAGCCAAAUUUUGUUCCUCCACCUACGUAGAUAUAUAGUGUAUAGAAUAAUAUUUGUACUAGCAUUUUUGUAAUUGAACAAGUUCCAUUUGAUGUAUAAAUAAAAUAAAUUUACGGAGUAUUU